AAGAAUAAGAUCUAAAUAUGCAGGUUUCUGGGGUUAAGACACUGCCAAUUCUAGUUCUAGUGCUGGUGAUGACAGGAUCAUUAGUAGUAGACCAAGGCAAAGCUUAUGCUUGUGGUAGCACAUUCUUUUCAGCACUUGUUCAACUGAUACCAUGCAGGGCAGCAGUUGCUCCUUUCAGCCCAAUCCCACCAAGUGAUGCCUGUUGCAGUGCUGUGAAAGCUCUUGGCCAACCUUGCUUGUGUGUUCUUGUAAAUGGCCCUCCAAUUUCUGGUGUUGAUAGGAACAUGGCUUUGCAGCUACCUGAUAAAUGCACCGCCAACUUUGAGCCAUGUGAAAUUACAAAGUAAGAGCAUAGAGCAUGACAGACAUUGAGGAUAAAUUUGAUAUGUAAGAGCUACUUGGGUUCAUUUUCUUAAACCGAUAGUGGUUAAUGCUGGAAGAAAUAAGAGGAUAGAUUUUAAAAUUAUGUACUGAAACUAGAAGAUUUUAAGCUUAGAUGCUUCACUUAUUUCUAAUUUCUUUUCCCUUCUGUGUGAUGGAUUAUUGUUCUACAACUUCUGUUUAAUGGAUACGUUUUCUUCUUGAA